AUGACCGGCGGCGACCAACAACGAGUGGCCACCUCUGACUACCGUUCUGAUUACCGCCACGGUCUCGACACAACUCCCACGCCGCAGCAGCCCUCGAUUCACGCGUCGGAUCGCCUGUCUAUCACUAUGGGCCUCACGUACAACAUCUACCUCAACUCGACCACGUCGCGCAUCUAUGGCUGCAAGAACUGCAAGACGCAUCUCUCCAACCAUGACGACAUACUCAGCAGGAACUUCCGCGGUCAACACGGCAAGGCGUACCUCUUCGAUACCGUCGUCAACAUCACCGAGUCAGACCCCAACGAGCGCAAUAUGACCACGGGACGUCACAUAGUACGCGACAUCCACUGCCGCCAAUGCAAGGAGACCGUCGGCUGGAAAUACGAUAAGGCGUAUGAAGCCAGUGAAAAGUACAAGGAGGGCAAGUUCAUCUUGGAGGAAGAGCUUCUGUGCACCGUCACCUGA